UGUUUUUGCUGCCCAUCAAUGACUCAUUAAAAGGAUUUGCAUUAUUAUUAUUAUUAUUAUUUUUUUUAAUUUGUUGUUGUUUAAGUGUGAAGAGUCGCUGUGCUGCCAUGAAUCCACCGUGUGGGAGAUGCAACAAGCCAGUUUAUCCUACAGAAAAAAUAAACUGCCUUGAUAAGUAUUGGCACAAAGGCUGUUUCAGCUGUGAAGUCUGCAAGAUGGCCCUGAGCAUGAACAACUACAAAGGCUUUGAGAAGAAACCCUACUGCACUAUGCAUUAUCCCAAAACCUCCUUCACCAUUGUGACCGACACCCCUGAGAAUCUACGUCUGAAACAACAGACCCUGCUCAACAGCCAGGCCCUUUACAAGGAGGACUUUGAGAAGAACAAGGGGAAAGGCUUCAGCGUGGUGGUCGACACACCAGAGAUGCAGAGACUGAAGAAGACGCAAGACCAGAUUAGCAACAUCAAGUACCAUGAAGAGUUUGAGAAAAGUAAGAUUCGAAGUGAUGCGCCUCCUCCUGAAAACAGACAAGAACAAGAAUUGCAAGCAUCAAACUCUGAAAGAUUCAACCAGCCUGCUGAACAGAUGCGCCCCGCUGUAGUGUCGCCACCUAGUGGAGGGAAGCGUUACCAGGCCUUGUACAGCUACGUGGCAGCGGAGGCAGAUGAAGUUUCUCUGCAGGAAGGUGAUCUGGUCUUGGAUGUUGAGCCAAUCGACGAGGGCUGGAUGUUCGGAUGCAACCAGCGCACCGGGAAGAGGGGAAUGCUGCCGGCCAAUUAUGUCCGACCUAUUUGAGAAACAAUUAAUAUACAUGUAAACCAGGCAAAGCACACAUUAGGACAAACUCCUGCAAUGUGGAUUUAGACUGACUGCUGUAUGUUAAAGAGUUUUUCUGGCA